AUGGCUGGUAUAGUCGACUCUUGUCCCCAGAACCUGACAGAUACACUGCUAGCAUCUGCAAGGCUGCGCUGUGGGAAAGACAAGUAUGGUAAUGAUCAGUAUUUAUGUAUCCCUAACUCAGAGAAGACGGGUCUGGUAGAAUUAUGUCACAAUGGAAUUACGGGGAUAUUGGAAAGAGGUUAUUGUUUGGAAACCACUGGCGAUCAGCUGUCUAGAAGUAACUGCUCAGAUUUUCUAAUGGGCUGUCCAGAAACAGAAAUCCACAUCAACGAAAUGUACAAACAUCCAGCCUGUCUAAGAAUAAGUACAGACCAUCAUUGCUAUCUUGCUGAUCCAUCCUGUGGAAAUACCACAUGGAAUACAACUACCAAAGACACAGCAGAGACAUUGGUGACCCAGGGAUUGUCUACAGACCAUGAGAUGUAUAAUGUUACGGCAACUAAUAUUCAAACAACCACUUUACCAGGGGAUAACUCUGCAGUAAUUGGGACAAUCGUGGGAAGUCUUGUUGCUGUGUUGGUCACUCUUCUUCUAAUUCUGACUAUAGGUAGAGUUUUACGAAGAAGAAAACAGAAGCAGAAAAAGUGGGGAGAAGAUGAUGUUUCAGAUGACGAACUUGAAAUGAUGUUGAAAGCAGAGGAAGUAAGACAAGCCAUAAGGCACUGA